CUCUAUAUGAGAUUGGGUAAAAUCCCCAAUCUCUUCCUUCCUUCUCCAUUCUUCUCGAACCCCACCCGUCUCUCGCGCCUUCGUCGCCGCCGGUCGCCUCCUCCAUCCUUAUCCGCCGCCUUUAGUACUACCGCUAUUGUCCCUUUUCUUUUAUCAAGUUUGUUUUGAGCGCUUAAUUAUCUGGAUUAUCACUGUCGAUUGGGAAAAGCCCUUAGAUCAGCGGCUCCAUUCUCUUCUUGGCGUUGGCAGUGGGCAAACGCAUUAGGAACACAAAAGCCGGGCGUUGUUUUCGACCGAUAUAGCAAGAAGCUUCUCUCAAUAGUUCUCCCGGCCAGUUGCUCACCAGAAAACCCUAACCACCAUUCUUCACGAUCCGAGAGGCGGAACCCUAAAAGGCAGGCAAAACCCUAGAAGAAGGUAAAAACUUUUUCCGAUCAACCCUGCCAAUACCAUCGGAACCCCCUAAGAAAAGUCUCACAAAGCUAAUAAAUGGAAGAAUCAGAGAAAAGAAGGGAGAGGUUGAAAGCAAUGCGCAUGGAAGCAUUGCAGGGUGGAGUUAACAAUGAAGUUGGGAACUUUGGGGAGCCUCAGCAGCUCUCAAAUCCAUUAAUCGAAACCUCCACAACUCUACCUCUGCAUGCAAAUACAAACCAACCUGCGAGGUUUGACUAUUAUACAGAUCCUAUGUCUGCCUUCUCUACUAACAAGAGGAGGAGCAUGCUCAACGAUGAGAAUUCACAGGACUAUUUCACACCUGCAAGACCAAGGGCAACUCCAUCCCCAGCUCAUCAGUUCCAACCAAAUUAUUCCCCUGAUCAAAGACAGUACCAAGCACGAGCCCCGUAUUACAGCCCGGGGCCAAGGAACCCCCCUCCAGCUCAUCAGUUCCAAAGUAAUCAUUCCCCGGAUCAAACAAUGCACCAAGUAUGGGAUCCUUAUAAGAGGUCGAUUCCAAGUGGAAGCCCAAUAGGGACAGUCAACUCUUUUGGCUCGCAUCAAGGAACUCCUCGUGGUUGGAACAGUCCUGUUGGUUCAGGAAGCUAUAACCUUCCAUCUAAUUCACCAGGAGGUAAUUUCUCCAGUCCUCAUUUUGGAGGUAGCCCCAGAUUAAAUACAGGUUGGGGCAGAUCUCAGUGGUUCAGCAACAGUCCCAGCUCCAUCUCAGGGCAUGGAGGCAGCUCUACUUCUAAUUUAGGAGGAGGUUCUGGCCGUGGGUCAGGCAAUAACUUGCACCCUGGUUUAGGACGGGGUGGCAGGAGAGGCUUCCGCUCUCAUGACAGUGUCUCAGCGGAGCUUAGACCAGAUUUGUAUUACCACAGAUCAAUGGUUGAAGAUCCAUGGAAGCUUUUGGAACUUGUUAUUUGGAAAAAAGAUCCUGCUAAGAGUUUAUUUGCCAAGUAUUCUUCAAAAUCAUCGCUUUCAAAAUCUGAGUGUGGAAAAAAAGCUAAAAUUACAGAAACCUCAAAUGAGUCCAGUUCUCAGCCAAGCCUUGCAGAAUACCUGGCAGCUGCAUUUAGGGAAGCUGCUGAGAAUGAAGCGACUAAUGAGUAAUGAUAAACCAAGUUUAUGAGGUUUUGGGAAAGUUGACACCCUGCCUGCUUCACGUAAUUUGAGCAAAAACUGGCUGCCGGUUUCUAUCAUGUCUUGAAGCUGGGAGGGGGCUCAUGCAACUUAGUGAGAACCAAAGAUGCCAUCACUCCUUAAAGCUACAAAAAUUCUUCUGACGGCAUUCUUGGAGUCUUAGAGAUUGUUUGGCUUACCCAUUUUUUUUCAUAGUUUUUAAGCUAUUUAACUUUCAAGUUAAAAGUUAGAUAACGUUUAAAUUGAUAAUGUAUUUAGAUAAAUGUGUUUUUAAGUUAUUAAUUAAUAUUUAUGUAUUUGAUUUGAAAGAGUCGAUAAGUUAUUAAAAUUUGAU